AUGCUGUGCCUCGCUGCUGCGCACGCAGUGCGUCGUGUUCCAACCACGGGCGCGCGCUUCUACGCGCGCACCUUGGCUACAGAAGCGCCACAGACCUAUAUCGAAAAGGUCGUGCAAAAGUACGUGGUCGAUGCGGAUCCCUCCGUGCACGUGAAAUCGGGCGACUAUGUGUCCAUUCGCCCAGCGACAGUGAUGACGCACGACAACACCGGUCCCGUCAUCUCCAAGUUCCGCGCGAUUGGCGCGACGAAAAUCCAUGACCCACAGCAGGUCGUCUUUGCGCUGGACCAUGACGUGCAGAACAAGACGCCCAAGAACCUCGACAAGUACGCCAAGAUCGAGGCAUUUGCACGCGAGCACAACGUCGACUUCUACCCGGCCGGGCGCGGUAUCGGUCACCAGGUGCUCGUAGAGGAGGGCUACGCGUUUCCGCAGACCCUCGUUGUGGCGUCGGACAGCCACUCGAACAUGUACGGAGGCGUCGGCGCCGUCGGUACACCCAUCGUGCGGACGGACGCCGCGGCGCUGUGGGCUACAGGCAAGACAUGGUGGCAGCUGCCCCCGAUGGUCAAGGUCGAGCUCACUGGCCAGCUGCGGCCCGGUGUCACUGGCAAGGAUGUGAUUGUGGCGCUGUGUGGCUACUUCCACAACGACGAGGUGCUCAAUGCCGCGAUCGAAUUCACCGGCGAGGGUGUGCGCUCCCUCACCAUCGAUGAGCGUCUCUCCAUCAGCAAUAUGACGACCGAGUGGGGCGCACUUGCUGGCGUUUUCCCACUGGACGACUCGACCCUCGCCUGGUACGAGCAGCUGCUCCGCACCAUGGACCGCCUGCACUUCCAGGUCGGCUCUUCGCCCCGCCGCUCGGAGACGCAUCCGCGUCUGCACUGGAAGCGUCUCGAGCGUCUCGCGCGCGAGCGCUUUGCGGCUGAUCCCGGCGCGACAUACGCCAAGCACCUCAAGCUAGACCUCUCGACCCUCUCGCCGCACGUGUCGGGCCCCAACAGCGUGAAAGUGACCACGCCGCUUUCUGAGCUCGAAAAGCAGAACAUUGCAAUUCACAAGGCCUACCUGCUUUCGUGCGUAAAUGCGCGCGCCUCGGAUAUCAAGGCGGCCGCCGAUGUCCUACGCGGUAAAAAAGUGGCGCCGGGCGUCGAGAUGUACGUCGCAGCGGCCAGCAGUCUCGCGCAACGUGAGGCGGAGGAGUCCGGCGACUGGGGCGCGCUGCUCGCCGCUGGCGCACGACCCUUGCCGGCCGGCUGCGGCCCCUGCAUUGGCCUGGGCACCGGCCUCCUGCAGGACGGCGAAGUGGGCAUUUCUGCGACGAACCGUAACUACAAGGGCCGCAUGGGCAGCCCUAAUGCUCUGGCGUACCUCGCAUCUCCUGCGGUCGUCGCGGCAAGUGCGGCUGCGGGCAAGAUCUGCGCGCCUAGCCCGCUGCCAGAUGGCCAAGCGCCCACGCGCCAGGUCGUGUCGGAGCAGGCAGCAGCGCCCACGACCGGCGCGCCAAUUGAGCUGGACCCAGCAUUCCCGCCGUCGUUUGCAGGCACGCUUGUGUUUGUCCCACAAGACAACCUGAACACUGACGCGCUAUACCCCGGCAAGUAUACGUACCAGGACGACAUUACGCCUGAGCGUCAGGCGGAAGUGGUCAUGGAGAACUACGACCCAUCGUUCGCCAGUACUGUGGCACAGGAGCGGGCACGUCGCGUGGCGGCUGAGGAGCCUGCGAAUGUGGUGCUUGUAGGUGGCUUCAACUUUGGCACGGGAUCAUCGCGAGAGCAGGCUGCGACGGCGCUCAAGUAUGCGGGCGUGCCAGUGGUGUUGGCCGGCUCGUUUAGCGACGUGUUUAAGCGGAAUGCCAUCAACAAUGGGCUCAUAUGCCUGCAGUGCCCUGAGCUGGUAGAGGACCUGACGCGUGCGCAUGCCAAGGACGGCGCGCGCGGCGCAGGUGGUACCAAGCCGGGCGAACUGAGUGUGCUGCUGCGCGAUGCCACCGUCGAGCUGGAUAGCCGCACAGGUGCGGUGAUACUGAAACACGCAGAUGGACGCGUGGCCCAGUAUACAACGAUGCCAGCAGGGAUUGGGCGCUCGAUCCAGGACAUUUAUGUCGCGGGCGGCCUUGAGCGCUGGGUUCAGCAGCGUCUGUAG